UAAUAAAAUUUGUCAUUUUAUAACAAAAAUUUUUACGUGUAAAUAUCAAAUAACGCAAAAAAGAUUGAGGGAAGUAUAUAUAUAUAUAGAAGAUGAUUUUAUUCAAAAUAUCGUAACAAAAUAAUAUCCCCUAUCAAUUUGUAUCUUUCAUUUGAAAUUUUAGGACGAACCGUACAAUAGAGUGAGUCCAUAAUGGUUGUGCGCAAACGAGCUCUACAUCCAUGGCCGACUCCUCCCAUCUUCCCCCUCUCAAAGAAGGCCUUCAUAGACCUCCUCAAGGCCUGCAAAUGGAUGCCUCAUCUCCACCAAAUCCACGCCCAGCUCUUCUCCCACGGCCUCCACUGCAACAUCGACGUCCUACACAAGCUCAUUGCCGCCGCCGACUUACCUUACGCCGACAAGGUUUUUUCCGGCGUCCAUCGCCCCACUUUGGUCAUCUACAAUCUUCUAAUCAAGGCGCGUGCGAGAUCCGCCAAUUGGAGAAGCGCCCUCAACCUGUUCGACGAAUUGCUCGCCGCCGGAUUGUGGCCGGAUAAUUACACAUACCCUUUCGUCUUCAAGGCGGUCGGGAAAUUGAAAGAUUCUCACCUCGGAGAGAGGAUCCAUGGCUUCGCAUUCAAGGCUGGCGCUCUGUACGAUUGCUAUGUCUGCAAUUCUGCUCUGGAUAUGUACGGAGAAUUGGGGGAGUUGCAGUAUGCUCGUAAGGUGUUCGACGAAAUUCCCCAAAAGGACUUAGUUUCCUGGAAUGUGUUGAUCUCUGCGUUUGUCAAAUGCCGCAGGUUCGACGAAGCUGUCGCCGCUUACGAGAGGAUGAAAAUGGAGUCGAACGAGCUACCCGACGAGGCGACGGUGGUGACCACGCUGUCGGCUUGCACGGCGCUGCAGAGCUUGGACCUCGGCCGCGAGAUUCAUUCAUAUGUCGCCGCACGGUUGGGGCUCACGCCGAGGAUCGAGAAUUCUUUGUUGGAUAUGUACGCCAAAUGUGGCUGCUUGGACGUCGCGCGCCGGAUAUUCGAUAGCAUUGUUGAAAAGAAUGUAAUUUGUUGGACUAGUAUGGUGUCGGCGUACGCGAGCCGCGGCCGUUUGGACGAGGCGAGAGCGUUGUUCGAAAAAAGUCUGGUCACGGGUCGGGAUCGUGUUCUAUGGACAGCGAUGAUCAAUGGGUACGUGCAGUUCAAUCAAGUUGAAGAGGCGAUGGAAUUGUUUCGACGAAUGCAGAUCGACGGCGUCGAGCCGGAUAAAUACACGUUGGUUGCUUUGCUCACCGGGUGCGCGCAGCUAGGCGCGCUCGAGCAGGGUAAAUGGGUUCACGCGUACUUGUCGGAAAAUCGGAUCCCCGUCGACGCCGUGGUCGGGACUGCCUUGAUCGAGAUGUACGCGAAAUGCGGCUGCGUGGAGAUGUCGUUGCAGAUUUUCCGUCGGUUGAGCAACAAGGACACUGCGGCGUGGACUUCCGUGAUCUGCGCGAUGGCGAUGAACGGGAGCGCGCUCGAGGCGUUGGAAUUGUUCUCCGAAAUGAUGCAGGCCGGGGUGCGUCCCGAUGAGAUCACAUUUGUCGGCGUGCUUACCGCUUGCACCCACGGCGGGAUGUUGGACGAGGGGCGACGGCAUUUCGCUUCGAUGACGGAGGUGUUUAACGUCGAGCCAAAAGUCGAGCAUUACGGGUGCCUUAUCGAUCUUCUCGGACGGGCCGGAAUGUUGGAGGAGGCCGAGAGGUUGAUAAGCCGAGUCCGCGAGAAAGACCGGGAGUUUGUUGCUCCGCUUUACGGAUCCUUGCUUAGCGCUUGCCGGAGUUACGAAAAUGUCGAGAUGGGCGAGCGGAUUGCCCGUCGGAUGGCGGAGAUUAUGUCCGGCGACGGUGGCGGCGACACUCUUUUGGCCGGAAUUUACGCCGGAGCGCGGCGGUGGGACGAUGCAUGGUGGGUUAGGAGGAAGAUGGCCGGCCGCCGGUUCAGUAAGUUGCCCGGUUGUAGCGCGGUUCAUCUAAACCCGGUUUCUUAGCAAUUUAGGAAAAGAUACACGAUGUAGAGAUUGUACAAGCUUCUUCAAAUUAUACCCUUAAUUUAUAAAUAUAUUUUCUCCU